UGUGUUUAUCCGAACAGGCAGGAUGUCCAUUGUCAGCAUUGUUGCCAGGGAGAUCUUGGACUCCAGGGGGAAUCCGACUGUCGAGGUUGACCUGAAUACAAGCAAAGGUUUAUUCAGAGCUGCAGUUCCCAGUGGUGCAUCAACUGGGAUCUACGAGGCCUUAGAGCUCAGAGAUGGAGACAAAACACGCUACAAGGGAAAAGGUGUUACAAAGGCAGUGGGCCAUAUUAAUGACACUCUUGCACCUGCUCUUAUUGAGUCGGGGAUCAGUGUGUUGGAGCAGGAGGCUUUAGACAACAUGAUGAUUGAAUUGGAUGGUACCGAGAACAAAUCUAAGUUUGGAGCCAACGCUAUUCUGGGAGUGUCUCUGGCCAUAUGCAAAGCCGGCGCUGCAGAAAAGGGCGUCCCAUUGUACCGACAUAUCGCUGAUCUGGCAGGAAAUCGAGAACUAGUCCUUCCUGUUCCUGCUUUUAAUGUGAUCAACGGAGGGUCUCACGCUGGGAACAGACUGGCCAUGCAGGAGUUCAUGGUGCUUCCUGUGGGGGCCGAGUCCUUCAGAGAUGCCCUGCGAGUCGGAGCAGAGCUGUACCAAACUCUGAGAGGUGUGAUCAAAGAAAAGUACGGGCAAGACGCGACAAACGUGGGAGACGAGGGAGGAUUUGCCCCGAAUAUUCAAGAAAACAGUGAAGCUCUGGAGCUGAUCAAGACAGCCAUAGAGAAGGCUGGAUUCACAGAUAAAGUGGUGAUCGGGAUGGAUGUCGCUGCUUCUGAAUUCUUCAUGGAGGGAAAAUACGACCUGGACUUCAAAUCUCCUCCAAACGUGGCUCGCAACAUCAGCGCGGACGAGCUGGCCAGUAUCUACCAGGGCUUCAUCAACAACUACCCAGUUGUUUCUAUUGAAGAUCCAUUUGACCAAGACGACUGGGAGGCUUGGACAAAAUUUACAGCUUCAGUAGGCAUUCAGGUGGUGGGUGAUGACCUGACGGUGACAAACCCGCGCAGGAUACAGAAGGCGGUGGAGGACAAAGCCUGCAACUGUUUACUGCUCAAAGUCAAUCAGAUCGGCUCCGUGACCGAGGCCAUCAAAGCGUGUAAACUGGCUCAGGAGAACGGCUGGGGCGUCAUGGUCAGUCAUCGCUCUGGAGAGACAGAGGACACUUUUAUCGCUGAUCUGGUGGUGGGACUUUGCACUGGGCAGAUUAAAACUGGAGCCCCGUGUCGAUCAGAGCGUCUGGCCAAGUACAAUCAACUAAUGAGAAUUGAGGAAGAGUUGGGCGAUCAAGCUCGUUUUGCUGGACAUAAUUUCCGUAACCCCAGUGCCAUCUGAGAGCCGUGCGCAGUGUCCAUCAACGGUCACACUGUCAUACUGUCUGCACUAAAACAGUUAAAAAACAUACAUGCAUUUUCGUUGUUUAAACACCUUAAACAUUUAGUGAGUCCGUUUGCACAGCUUUAAGCAAAGGCCCUGUCUGUGUCUGUUAUUGGCUGAUAUCUGCAUCGUUGUUACUACAUAAUAAGACUUUCACCUUAACUGUAGGAGUGUGAAAUAUUGUGAUUUGACCCUGUUAUAAUUGGACUUUUGUGGAGAUGGUUUUGUCACAAUUUAAUGUUUUUCUGUUUUGAUGCAACUCUUACGCUAAAACACACAUAAGUCUACUUUCAGAAUCAGAAUUGCAGCCCAUCAGAUGAGGAAAUUAUCAAAAAUAUAGUUAUGAAAUUAUAUAAAGAAUCAGUGUGACUGUAUGACAAAUCUGCUUAAAAAUAUAACAGCCCCAUCCACUUCUCCUGUUGCUCAUCAUAAUCUGAGUGACAGGUGGAUUUAACCAGUCAGACGAAUUACUUAAAAGGUGAUCAAUGAGAAAGAUUCAUUAUAAAAUUUAAAUUCAAGAAAACAAGUAUUGCCAUCCCUGAUAGUGUACCUUGUCGUGUCUUCCUUGUUGUCUGACCUGAUGUGAUUCUCAGUGCUGUGCAAAUGAACAAUGUUACAUGUGUCAA